AUGUCGCACGAAGAGGACCUCAUUGACUACUCCGACGAGGAGCUUCAGACCACUGAUGCUGCCGCGACCACCGCCGCCCCCGAUGCCGCCAAUGGCGAAGGUGCCAAGACGGGCGAUCUGACCGUCACCGGUGGCCGCCCCGACAAGAAGGGCAGCUAUGUCGGCAUUCACUCGACCGGUUUCCGUGAUUUCCUGCUCAAGGGCGAACUCCUGCGCGCCAUCACCGACUGCGGCUUCGAACAUCCAUCGGAGGUCCAGCAAGUCUGCAUUCCCACUGCGAUCCUGAAUGUCGACGUUCUGUGCCAGGCCAAGUCCGGUCUCGGUAAGACCGCGGUCUUCGUCCUGACCACCCUUCACCAGCUGGAGCCCGUCCCCGGCGAGUGCUCGAUUCUCGUCAUGUGCCACACCCGUGAGCUGGCCUACCAGAUCAAGAACGAGUAUGCCCGCUUCAGCAAGUACCUACCUGACGUCAAGACUGCUGUCUUCUAUGGUGGUACUCCGAUCCAGAACGAUGUCCAGACUCUGUCCAGCAAGGAGACCUAUCCCAACAUUGUCGUCGCCACUCCCGGCCGUCUGAAUGCCUUGGUCCGUGAUAAGAAGCUAUCGCUGCGCAAUGUCAAGGCUUUCGUUCUCGACGAGUGUGACAAGAUGCUGGAUCAGAUUGACAUGCGCCGCGACGUGCAGGAGAUCUUCCGUGCCACCCCCGCCGACAAGCAGGUUAUGAUGUUCAGCGCUACUCUGUCCCAGGAGAUCCGUCCCAUCUGCAAGAAGUUCAUGCGGAACCCGCUCGAGGUUUACGUUGACGAUGACACCAAGCUCACCCUGCACGGUUUGCAGCAGUACUACAUCAAGCUCUCCGAGGCCGAGAAGAACCGCAAGCUCAACGAGCUGCUGGACAACCUGGAGUUCAACCAGGUGAUCAUCUUCGUCAAGAGCACUCUCCGUGCUAACGAGCUGGACAAGCUGCUGCGCGAGUGCAACUUCCCCAGUAUCGCGGUGCACUCCGGUGUCAGCCAGGAGGAGCGUAUUAAACGCUACAAGGAGUUCAAGGAGUUCAACAAGCGUAUCUGCGUUGCCACCGACGUGUUCGGCCGUGGUAUCGAUAUCGAGCGGAUCAACCUGGCCAUUAACUACGACCUCCCCGCAGAUGCCGACUCCUACCUUCACCGCGUCGGUCGUGCAGGCCGUUUCGGUACCAAGGGUCUUUCCAUCUCCUUCGUCAGCAGCGAGGAUGACGAGAAGGUUCUCAAGGACAUUGAGAAGCGCUUCGAAGUCGCCCUUCCUGAAUACCCCGAGGGCGGCGUUGACUCCACCACCUACAUGGCAUAA